CAUCACGUGCACACCUUUCCUCUUCCAAAAUCUUCAAUUCAUCUGUCACUUUUCUUGUUCCAAUCACAAAAACUUCAAAAUCAAACCCUUGGAUCCAACAACAACAACAUCGUAUCCAAUCCAAUCCAUGAAUCUCACAACUCCCACCUAGAUUCCACCAACCCAACAUGGAUUUCGUCGAACUUGAAGCAAUCGAAGGCCUUCGUUGGUCCUGGAACUCAUGGCCAGUAUCAAGAACCGAAUCACACGAUCUGGUAAUCCCUUUAUCCAUCAUGCAAACUCCUUUGAUGAAAUUCACAGACCUCCCAUUAUUAUCUUACGACCCUUUGAUCUGUUCCCGUUGCGGGUCGGUUUUAAACCCGUACGCCCGUGUCGAUUACCCGUCUCGCAUCUGGGUCUGCCCGUUUUGUUACCAAAAGAACGCCUUUCCAAGAUCUUAUGCUGAAAUUGGGGAAAAUAAUAUCCCUGCUGAGCUUUUUCCAACUUAUAGUACUGUUGAAUAUCAGUUAGGGCAUCCGGGUUUGAUCAAUCCGGGUCGGGUCAGUUCAACCCCGGGCCGGGUGAACUCGAAUCCGGUUCAUAAUUGGGAAACUGGAAAUGGGUCUUUUUCGGGUUCGGUUAAGUUGGGUGGGUUGUCGUUUUCAUCAAGUUCGUUGUCGAGUUUGGAUCAACGAGGCGGGGGGAGAGGGGUGGGGAUGGGGUUGGGGAUGGGUCCGGUGUUUGUGUUUGUGGUGGAUGCGAGUUCGAGUGAGGAGGAGCUUCAAGCGCUUAAGAAUGAGUUGUUGUUGAUUGUUGCGCAGUUGCCGGAGAAUGCGAUGGUGGGGUUGGUUGUGUUUGAUUCGAUGGUGAGAGUGUAUGAUCUUGCGUUUACGGAUUGUUUGCGGGUGGUGCUUUUUCAUGGAGAGCGCGAGCUUUCGUCUAGCCAGAUCAUAGAUCUUCUGGGUACAAGGCAACAACUUGGAAAAACACAGGGUGUACAAAAACACGGUCUUAUUUUACCAAUUUCCGAAUGCGAGUUCAAUAUCGUAACAGCUAUCGAAGAUAUCCACCAUUCACCGCCACUCAAACCGGGUCAUCGGUCUCCACGCUGUACCGGUACCGCAAUACAAGUUGCCAUAGCCCUUCUAGAAGGAUGCUCGGUUCACACCGGAUCGCGUGUAAUGGUGUUCACAUCUGGGCCCGCAACCAUGGGCCCAGGUAUGGUUGCAAGCCCAGACCUUAAUAAUUCCAUCCGAACGCACCGAGACGUAAACAGCGGUCACGCCCCUUUCUAUUGGAAAUCGUGCGAAUUUUACAAACGAAUAUCGGAGAAAUUGACGGAUUUGUCCAUGGUUUUCGAUCUUUUCGCGUGUUCUCUUGAUCAAAUUGGAGUAACGGAGAUGCGGGCCCCCGUGGAGAAAUCGGGUGGGUUCAUAAUGCUGGCGGAAUCUUUUGAAUCGGAUCAGUUUAGAAAAUGCUUACGCCACAUUUUCAGGCGUGACGAACAAGGGUUUUUGAACAUGUGUUUUGAUGCGACGAUCGAGAUAGUUACGACUAAAGGUGUGAAAAUAUGUGGGGCGAUCGGUCCGUGUGUUUCUCUUCGUAAAAAGAACGCUUCGGUUAGCGAUAAGGAGGUCGGUGAAGGCGGGACCAACACAUGGAAGCUUGGAACAAUAACCGAUAAAACGUGCAUCGCGUUCUUUUUUCAAGUAAGUGAAGAACAAAGACCGCAGCCUGGGACCGCAUUUUUUAUACAGUUUAUAACAAAAUACCGACAUGGAAACAUGGGAAUUCGAAAGCGGGUUACGUCGGCAGCUAGACGGUGGGUUAGUGGUGGUGCACCGGAAAUCGCUGCCGGUUUUGACCAAGAAACGGCCGGUGCGGUGAUGGCUAGACUCGCGGUUCACGAAACCGGGAAGAAUUUCCCUCGAGAGGUGGUGAGAUGGCUCGAUAAGGAGCUGAUUCGUUUCGCGUCAAAGUUCGGGGACUACAUUCCGGAAGACCCGUCAUCGUUUCGUCUUUCGACGAAUUUCUCUCUCUACCCGCAGUUCAUGUAUCACUUACGAAGGUCUCAGUUUAUCGACGUGUUCAACAGCAGUCCGGAUGAAACCACGUUUUUUCAGGUGAUGUUGAACCGUGAAGGGGUCGUGGGGUCGUUAAUAAUGAUUCAACCGACUCUUUCCCAGUAUUCAUUCGACGGGCCUCCGAUUCCCGUUCUAUUAGAUGUUUGCUCUUUGUCGCCGGAUGUAAUUCUGCUAUUUGAUUCCUACUUUUACGUCGUUAUUCACUACGGGUCGAAGAUAGCUCAAUGGAAGAAGCUGGGCUAUGACCGGGACCCGAACCAUGAGAGUUUUCGAAAGCUGUUGGAAGCACCGGAGGUCGAGGCAGAGCAGCUCGUGAGUCAACGGAUCCCGGUUCCGAAGCUCAUCAAGUGUGAUCAGCAUAGUAGUCAGGCUAGGUUUCUUUUAGCCAAAUUGAACCCUUCGGUUACGCACAAGUCGAGUUAUGUGGUUGAGGGGUCCGAGGUUAUCAUGACCGAUGAUGUGAGUUUGCAAGUGUUUAUCGAGCAUUUGCAAGAACUGGCGGUUCAGGGUUGAUUGAAUGUCGGUUUUGUUGUUGAUGUUGUUGUAGUAUAGAUAUGUUGUUUCUGCUCUAGUGACGGUUUUCACGAGUCGAUAUAGGAAAAAGUAUUGUGUAUUACGGUUCGGUUUGGUUCAGUUUUAGUCGUAACUAGAAGUUUUGGUUAUUGAAAACUGGAAAACAGAAUCGGAAAAUGUUUUUUUUGCUUAGGUAACCUAGGAGUGUUCAUUAUUCGUUUUUAAAAACCAAACCGAACCAAAACCGAUUGAAUUUGAACAGAAUUGCAAAUUUGGUUU